UUAAAUUAAGUACCUCAAAAGUAGUAAAUGCAGCUAAAUAAGCUAACUUGUCAUUGUGGCCGUGAGUUGCUCCUUCAUUCGUGUAAUGAUGUAUUUGGUAUAUUUCCCAGAGUACCUGAACGCAACGCUAGACGCGGAAAAUCCGCCUGUGACUCAUUUAUUCCCCACAGUCCGUGAAGGCAUCAGUAGCGCGCGGAAAAGAAACAAUCAUGGCUGAAGCGGUGUCUGACAGUGAGCUGCAGGCUGUGAAGCCGCCACCAAAACGCAGACGCAUCCUCGACCCUUCGGCCAUCGUCCCGGUGCCCGUUUACUCCAACCAGGUAAGCAGCAGUCUGCAGAUGAAGCCAAUGGCAGCGAUGUUCACUGAAAAGGAAAACGCAGACGACGGAGCGGACGAGAGUUUGUGGUCGCGCUUUUCAUCUCGAGGACCGACGGCAGCCGUCGUCGUCACCCUCAGCGACUCUGAGGAGGACGAAGCGGAACAUGUGGAGAACAAACCAGAACACCUGGAGAAGAAAACGGAACCAGAAGACAUUCGCAGCCCGUCUCCUCCUCCAGAGAGUCCGGUCCAGAAGCAGUCCAGACAGGUCACAAAGAAGAUCAGUGAGAUCGACAGAAAGCUCCGGGCGGUGAACUCCCUCCUGUCUCCCGAACCUCAGGGCAGGAGGUUCAGACACCGCCUGGGUCUCCCGUCUCUAGACGACGACGUCAUCGUCAUGAGCCCCAACGAUGGUGAUGUCAUCGUCAUGAGCCCUAACUCUGGACUUCAGGAUUCCCCGUACAGCUCUUCGGUCCGGGAGAUCCCCCUCAAGAUCCGGUGCCGAACAGACGUCCACAAGAUCCCGGUGCUGUCGUCGACGCCUUUGAGUGACGUGGUGACCCAGCUGUCCGCCAUCCUUAACGUUCCUCCUCCUCGCCUCCUGCUGUUGAGGGAGGAGGUGGAGCUUCCAACAGACUCGACCGUCGGCGAGCUCGGCCUCGGCAUCGCAGACAUUAUCGAGUGUGUCGUCAUGGCAGCGGAGGACAAAGGUCACCCUGACGACAGCAGCAGCAUCAUCACUGUGAGGCUGCAGAGCAAAGACAGAGACGCGUCACAGGAGUUCUCUCUGCGCAGAGACGCACCGCUGGGCUCCAUCUUCUCCCAGUAUCUGUCCAAGAUGUCCGGCAGCGCCCAGAGACAGGUCCGCUUCCACUUCGACGGCUCCAAAGUGACACACGGCCAGACGCCGGCUCAGCUCGACAUGGAGGACGGAGACAUCGUCGAAGUUUGGAUUUAAGCCUUUAGCUUCGUUACAUACCUUCUAUUACAUGUACAAAAUGUAAAGUCACUGGUUUGGUAGUUCACUCACUUUAUUUGUAAAAGUCACUUUAUUUGUAAAUGUUGACAAAAACAACAGUAGAAGUAUACAGCCCUUAAAUCGUUGCACAAUUGUAAACUUUUUAAAAUGUUUUUGUGACUGUACAAUAGCUCCUACUCGUGACUUUGUUUUACGUUCUUUUUUUAUUGUUAUUGAAAAUAAUAAUAAAAGGAGCAGAAGUUGCUCUCUGUAAGAAA